CUUCUCCGCGAGAGUACCAGAGGAAGGACCACCCACCAUGUCGGCAGUUACGGAGGUUCAGAACACCACAACCGAGGCCCUGGCCGCCCUGCUAGACGGGGGUGACGGCGCCCUGGUGACGCUGGUGGCGGGCGAGACGAGGGUGGCGGCUCACAGGGCCGUGUUGGCAGCUGCGAGCCCAGUGUUCAAAGCUAUGUUCGCGCACGGCAUGCUGGAGGCCAGCAGCGGCCAGGUGAGCAUCGACGACGUGGAGGGCCCGGUGCUGAAGCUCCUGGUCGCCUACACGUAUACCUUGCAGGCCCCCCAGCUGCCAGACACGGCCGCCCAGCUGCUCUCAGUGGCCGACAACUGA